AUGAUGAGGAUACAUGUUGCCCUCUUCUUGGGGUGUGUCGGGGCAGUCAAUGGAGCACUGGGCAUCUUCUAUCCCAGCGCCCUUUGGUGGGGAGAGGAUCAGCUGCAGGCGGUGCUGACUCGUGGCUGCGAAGAAUAUACAGAGAUGUCAGAUUGCGUGCCGUUACGGCUGCCCCAUUGGUACGAGAAGUUGCAGUCCAGCGCAGCAGUCCACGCUUCACCGGGUCUCCCCAUGUCGGCGCAAGCCAUGGUGGGUCUCGGCAUAGUCAAGCUGGUCAUGAUCAGCCUUUGUGAGGCGGGUGGCUUUGUAGGCGGUGCGAUAUACCCUGCGUUCCUGGCCGGAUCGUUUGGUUCUGCCUUGGGGGCGACUCCGUGGAUCCAAUCCUUGGGGGGGCAGUUUGUGUACCUCAGCACUGCUGCUGCAAUGUCCACGGCACUCUCAGCGUUGCUGAACACACAGCUCUUCGGAGUUCUUCUCGUUUUGGUGCUGCAGGACAACAUUCCACAUGGGAAUGUCUCAUCACAGAUCAUUGCGCUCCUGACCGCCGUCUACGUGCAUUACCUGCUGACCAGAAAAUGCAUUCCCUCGCAGUUGCGCUUAAUGCCAUCUCAGAAGGACGGCUUCAGUGCGCGGCAGGAUGUGAUCUACUCAGACAUCUCUGUGUCUCGCCUGCAUUUGCUGCCCUUCGGCCCUUUUGAGAGGAAAAUUGAUUCCGAUAGUGAGUUCACCUGGAGCAGGGCCUUCGAGGAGGCGUUGGUCACGCUUGAAGUUCAUGUUGCACCUAGGCGAGUGAGGAUGGAUGUUGCGAGAGAAGUGCGGAUCAAAGCUCUGGCGCUGGCCCUACUUGCAGCACGCCAGUCAGGGAGGAGAGAUGAGACCAAGUGCAUGGCACAUGUCUUCAAGCGAGGUGACUCCACAGCAGACAUUGAUCCCGAAUCGCAGUCCAACACUGAAGAGCUGGAAGACGACAUCGAAUGGUUCCCCGGUGAUAUUGUCACUUUAGGCCGAAAUGGGCCGAAGAAGAGGAGCAAUACUUUCGAGAGUAUUGUCGGGCCCCGGGAUCCCAGUGGUGCCAGUGUCGUGGUGGCUGGCUUGUGUUUCAAUCUGCUACUGGCCGUACGAUUCCUUUCAGGCUCUCAAAAGCCACAGAAGACGUCGGACCCAAAGGCUGCAAGAAGAGUUACGCUGCCUGUCGGCCGGGGCUUCCGGGAAGAGCAGAACGGAAGAGGCAAGCUUGAGGAGCUGGAGCCUGGUAAAAUGCCUUCCCUGGACCGCUUUCCACCCGAAGAGUUGGGUAGUAACGUGCCGUCUCACUGGGAGUACCUGCUUCCUGGACGGUGUGAGAGCGAAAGGUUGAAGUGCCGCGAACUUCGUGAGCGUGUUCGGCAUGUGGAGGGUGCGAAGGACAUGGUCACAAUGCUGCGGUUUCUUCGUGCACGUCGAGGACGUGUGGAUGACGCGGCAAAGAUGUGGCGUCGACAAACGGGAUAUGAGCUCGGUUUUCGGAUGAACACCAGGAACGACUGGCUUCACAGAAAGGUUGACAGUUGCUGGCCGCCGACUGCUAUGCUGGGCAAGGACCUGGACGGUGAUCCCGUCUACUGGAACCGGCUGGAGCCCGAAGAUCGGAAGACUUUGGAGUCUCGAGGUGCUCUGCUCUUCGCAUCUCUCUUCGCUUUCAGGAUGGGCCUUGGCAGCAUGGAUUUCCUGGAGCAGGUUCCAACAGAGUUCCUGAUACAGCACGAGGUCUACACGAUCACCCGCAUUAUGCAGGCCUUGGAAGAAGCUUCCCGCCUUAGCAGCCGGCCGGUCAUGUACUUCACCGUCGUUACUGAUCUAGGCGAAAUGAGCAAAUUGGCUGCAAAUCUGCAUAAUUUGAUGCUUUGUAUUCAGUCCGUCUUGCUGGAAGCGAAGUUCCAAGGUCUGCGCAACUUCAACAUUAAGGGAAUUAUGAAGUACAAGGUCUGCGUGCGCAUUUUGGAAGAUCACUUCCCAGAGAUUGUCAAACGAAUUAUCGCAAUCCGCGUCCCACGGAUCGCGUACACGCUGUGGAACAUAGCUUCUCAUUUCUUUGAUGAAGGCACCCGAAACAAGAUUCAGAUCGCAGAUCCGCAGAACACACUGGCUGUUCUGAGCCAGUUCAUGGACCCAAAGCCCUGGGCGGCACUCAUCGAAUCGGAGAAAGCAGGGAUGCACAGAUCUGCCAGUACUCUGCCGUUGCUCGCAGCGCCCCUCAGGUGGUUGGUGCGAGCCUUGCAUACCCAGUCCGACAGGCCCUCCAUCUGA